AUGCAAAAAAAGAGAAACGAAGAAAGAAAUGCUAUAGAAGAAAAAUGGUUGGAAUUGACUAAAAAAGCAAUGAAAAUUAAUCCUUAGUUAAGUCCUUGUGUUUUACCAUAUACUGAUUAUAAUGUGGCAGGAGAAAACAAUAGACUUUAUAAUGCUAAUAUUGUUCAUAAUUAUAAUUGA